AUGGCAUUUAGCUUCGGAAACCCGUCUAUGGGUAGUCCUGCAGGAGGAGCAAGUGGAGGAGUGCAGAAUGGCCAGGACCUGGAGGCAAUACAAACAGAGGCACUCGGAUUUCUAGCUCUUGCAGGAGAUGCAAAAGUACAACUGCUUCCUACGCCAUGGCCUAUCGAUCAACUUCCUCCUCCAACUGCAUCUCUCAUGAGCAUAGCUUCACGGCGGGGACUUAUUGCUGCAGCGGGACCAGACGCAGUUAUAUUGGCGAGGACGAAAUCGGUGCGGAAAGCUUUCGAGAGCAAUGAGGCAGGGAAUAAUAACUUGAAGCCUUUCCGGCCGGAGUUGACCAUGCCGAUGCAGAUGAGAGUCUCACAACUUACAUUCUCCAUCGACGAAUCAUACCUGGUGUUGUCUGCAGAGAAUGGAGGAGGGUUGGCCGUAUAUGAUGUCGAUGCUCUUCUUAAUGGCUCUACCAACUCGGCGUUUGAGUUAUCUACCAAUGGACAGUCUUUGAGAGCAUUGACUCCAAAUCCUACACAGGGCGAGCUCCUUGCGGUUGUGACUGUCGAUGGAAACUUGAUGAUGGCCAAUUUGAAGGAACGAAGCUUUGUCACAGGACCGAAUGGGCAAAUUUUGAAGGAUGGUGUCAGUUGUGUCUCAUGGAGUACAAAAGGCAAGCAAUUAGUGGCUGGGCUUGGGAACGGUACUGCAUAUCAGAUGACACCUGCUGGAGAAGGCAAAGGAGAUAUCCCAAAACCCCCAAACGUAGCUAAUGGCAACCAUAUGUCAUCUAUCACCUGGCUUGAAAACCACGUCUUCCUCAUGGUACAUACACCUACACAGUUUGGCAAUGACCAGGCACCGCUGUCAGACUUUCACCUCGUCACCCGACAACCACCAUCCAGUUUUAUGUUUCAGAAGAUUGAAGAUCCAGCCGGACCCUAUGGUAUGAACCGGUCACCACCGCAUCACUUCCUCCUUCGACUGAAGGACUUCCCGCCGAAUCUCCAGGAUGUAAUCUUUGUCACGUCAUCCGCAGCCAUGGAUGUUGGGCUUUUCACUAGAUCCAAGAAUCCAUUGACCAACACCAAACCCGCAGACAAGAUAUCUGGUGUUUUCACGAUGACUGAAUUCUCUGACGACUCAAAACGAGCUCAGCUUCCAGUAUCUAGUUCCAUGGGCGGCGAUACCGCUGCGAUCGGGCUUGCUCUUGAUCUAUCUAGCGAUGAAAAGGUCUUCAAGCCUAUUCCAGGUGAUGACGAGAUAAACGAGUCAUCCGCGCCUUUGCCUGCUCUUAUGCUUUUGAAUCACGAGGGAGCUCUUGCUUCCUGGUGGUUCGUCUAUACCGAUUCGAUUCGCCAGGGUACAGCUUAUCCUGGACUCAUUGCAGCUAGACGUGAUGCGCAAACAAUACAACCGGCUCCAGCUGCAGUACCAGCUCAGACGCCUUCGAGCUUUGGCGGAGCAGGUUUCCAUAACACGUCUUCUGCUGGGACUGGAUUUUCAACCAUGAAACCAGCCACGACUCCUGCGUUCGGUGCGCCUGCAACUGGAGCGUUUGGGGCUCCUUCGGGUCUAGGUCAGAAGGCAUCGCCCUGGAGUACCCCAGCAGCUUCACAGGCACCUCAAACUAGUAUUGGAACGCCCUCAUUUGGCUCAGCCUCCACAAUGGGCGGAGGAACUGCAUUCAACAAGCCAGCUUUUGGCACAACAAGCAGCCCGGCUUUUGGCACUUCAGGCAUGUCAGGCAUGCCUGGAAGACCGUCUGUAUGGGGAUCCGGGGGGUCCACAGCUCCUCAGGCAGCUUUUGGUCAAGCAAGUAGUCUAGCGAAACCUGCCACACCUUUCGGUUCAUCUGCAAGUACUGGUACUUUAGCACCUACAACUGGGGGCUUUUCCGCGUUCGCGUCAAAUGGUGGAUUUGCUGCAGCAGCACAGAAGACUGGCGAAAGUGUUUUUGGCAAACCUGCUUCCGGCACCUUUGGCUCUCCAAGUACUUCUGCUGCUGCCGGAAGCGUUUUUGGCAAACCUGCUCCCAGCACCUUUGGUGCUCCCACUCCUGCUCCAACCAAUAGUGUAUUUGGUUCAUCAAGUCAGAACGAUAGCAAGGCGACUCAAGGCACUUUUAGUUCGGGUACCACCAGUAAUCAGACUACUCCUGGCAUAUUUGGUGGUGGCGGUCAAACUACCGGAAAGCCUUUUGGCAAUGGUUUUAAUCUCGUUCCGUCAUUCAAAGCCGACACUUCUACCAAGAACGGUGCACAAGAAACAGAUGAGCCCAAAAGCUCUUUCUUCGGAGGCGGGUUUUCUAGUGCACUUGGAGAUGCGGGCAAAAAGCCAGGUGCAGAAGUUCCAGUAUCAAAGGAGACGAACAUGGAUUCAGAUGAUGUAGCCAAGCCAGAAGAAUCUACAAAAGACUCGACAACUCCUUCUACAACCCCAGCUCCGGCCAAAUUUCAGCAAUUCUCAACAACUCCCUCGAGCCUCUUCGGAAGCACGUCCACACAGGCUCCACAACUUACAACUAAGCCUGCCACAGCUGGGUUUGGCUUUGGGCAACCGGCAGGUGACAGGCCUUCAGGUCUUAACUUUUCUAACUUGGCCAAUGUUUCAGCACUUACUCCCAAGACACCGAUCACGAGUGAACCAGACGCUCCCGUUACAAUAUCGGAGACCCCGGCGACGCCUAAAGUCAAGACGGAACCGGAGUCAAGUGGACAUGGAGGUAUUAGUUCUAAUAUCCCAGAGGCUCCGUUACCGCCUGAAUCAACAAGUAAGACCAGUUAUGCCGCAGGAGAAUCGUCCGAAUCUUCAUUCUCUUCUAUAGAAACUGACUAUCCAACUCCUUCAGGUUCUACUGCAAAGCCGGCACCGAAAGUUGACCCAGCUCCUCCAGCUCCUCCAGCUCAACCUGACCAAAACGCAUUGAAGCCAAUUCCAAAAAAUCUCAUCCCUCCCAUGGAUGUCCCAGGUGGCCCUGAGGAUGAUGGUGGCAGUUCGGAUUUCGUCACUGAAGACGACGAAGAUGAUGAUAGUGAAGAAGGCACCGAGGAAGGAAGUGGUGAAGAUGUUGCGAAAGACUUGAGCCCUACCUCGGAGGCGAACCAGACUCCUGGAUUCACACCACAAAGCUCUUUCAACAUCUUAAAGAAAGAAAACAGCAGUAAUCUUUUCCAGAAAGUCGAAAAGCCGGGCCAGCCAGCCCCACGGAUCUUGUUUGGAGAAGGUGUUUCAGCACCAUCACUACCGCCCCCAAAACCGAAACAACCUCUAAGCCCUCGAUCGCCAAGUCCUGUUCGGCCUGGUGCAAUCCCUUCGAGACUGGGUCUGGGACGACCAGACCCAUCUCGGUCAGUCAGUGCCCCAAGUACGGCAUCGCAAUUAUUGGGGCAGAGACCAGGUAGUAGACCCGCCAAUAAUAUUCAGAAUACAUAUGCCUUGGCCAUGGAGCAAAGUAAGGCCGACGAGAAACGUCGCGAAGAGGCUAGAGCUCGGAAGGAAGCAGAAGAGACCCGAGCUCUUGUGGAUGAAGAGGAUGAUGACAUGCAAAGAUAUCUCGCUGAUGAUCCCGAACUAACGAGAACAUUGGUUGAAUUCACUACCCAUACUAACCAUGCCAACCUAGCAGCUGUGGACAGCAUUCCCGCCCAGGUUGAAGCUGUUUAUCGGGAUAUCAACUCGAUGAUUGAUACAUUAGGCCUGAAUGCCAAGCACCUCAGAGGUUUCAUUCAAGCUCACACGGAGCAGUUCAAAGAAGCAGGUCGUCAGAGAGAAGAUCUCGAGAAUGAAGAAGAUUGGGUUUUAGUCGAGAUUGAGGACCUUAAAUCGAUGGUGGAGAAAAGACUUACAGAAGACCUGAACAGUGGUCGGGUAAAGGAAGUUGCAAGGAAAUUGGAGACCUGCAGCGAUCUUCAAAAGGAUCUUAUGAGACUCAGGGCAAAGCACGAGGAUAUCAAAAAGAUUAUCGACGCCCAGCGCGACCCAGGUCAGCUUGCACAAGCCCGUGCACAACCUUUAAGUGCCGAGCAGCAAGCUCAGCAAAAUGAUCUGCGACAGGUAUACACCACGUUCCAGCUGCUCCUUGCAGAGGCCGAAGAAGGCCUAACUCUCCUCAAGACUAAGCUCGUAUCACAAGCUACAUCGAACGGCAGAGCUGGUGCAACUGCAGGUCCAACCGUUGAGGCCGUUAUGCGGACCAUUACCAAGAUGACCAGCAUGGCCGAGAAGAGAAGUGGCGAUAUCGAUGUUCUCGAAGGCCAGAUGCGGAAAUUACGAGUCGGCUCUUCAUUUAGUGCAAGUUCUCAAGAAGGCACGCCCUUCACGCCCCAGUCAAAUCGACAUUCUAUGCGUAAUGCAGGAGCCUCUACGUACAGCCUAUUCCACACGCCUGAAAGAGAGACGUCACGCAACAUGCGGGAUUCCAUCUUGUCCAACCCAGGCUCGUUUGGGAUGAGUUCUCCUGCUCCCAGGAAGAAGCUUAGUGGGUAUUCACCUGAGGAGAAGGCGCUUUUGAAGGCCAAGCUGGCGAGACGGAAGGGCGUGGUCGAUAAAUUAAGGAACGCGUUGCAGAAGGCGGGGUCAAAUGUUAGGCUUAUGGAUGAUGAUCUGUAG